AUGACCGCGCUGCAGCGAACGCUGAGCCAGGUGCCGCUGGAGGAGCUGGGGCUCUCGCAGCACCCAUACGAGAUGGACUCCUCCUCCUCCUCCCGCUCCUCUUCGCCGGGCCUCAGCGACGGCACGCACGCGCUCAUGGACACGCAAGAGCACGGCUACGCCGGCGACGCGCACCGACGGCACCCCCGGCCCCCCAUCACCUACCUGCUCAUCUAUGAGGACAGCCGGGUGUCGCUGGGCAUCUUCUGCCUGCCUGCGCGCGCCAAAAUCCCGCUGCACAACCACCCGGGAAUGACGGUGCUGUCCAGGGUGCUUUACGGCCAGAUGCACGUCACCUCUUACGACUGGCUCGACCCGCAGGCGGGAGAGGAGACGGCGCUGCCGCGCGGCGCGCGCCGUGUCCUGGAUGCCACCCGCACCGCCGACGACCCCCCCGUCGUGCUCUUCCCGCGCGCCGGCGGAAACAUCCACGAGUUCACAGCGCACACAGACUGCGCGGUGCUGGACCUGAUGUCGCCGCCCUACAGCACAGAUGAUGGCCGGGACUGCACCUAUUACACCGUAGUGGAUGGGGAGCGGCCCGUGGCGGCAGAUCGCUCGCUGGUGCUGCUCGACAGCUAUGAGCCGCCGCUGGACUUUGUCAUCAAUCAGGGGCAUUACCGUGGUGUGAUGCCACGCCCCAAGCUGGCACCUCCCUCUCCUGUGAGCAGCUCCAUGUUUGCCCACGGCGGCGACGAGAGCCCCACAGCCAGCGCUGACACCAGCGGCGGGCAGAGCAGCCAGCGGCGGGGGGCGUCAGGCCCCAAUCUUCAUCGGCAGCACCCGGCCAGCCCUGUCAGCAGCCCCACAUCGGUGGCCACCAUGCACACUGGCGGCACGCUGAGCAGCCUGCUGGACUCGCCAGGCAAGGGCGGCAAGGCCGGCUGUGCCGAGCUGCUGCGUGAUCGUCGGGGCGCUGCCUCCACUGAUUCCCAUGGACGGCGCUGA